AUGGGAGCACGUGCUUCCGAGGAGCAGGCAGUGCGGGACGUCUGCCGUGCUCCCCAGGCCCCUGCGGCAGCCCCCGGGACUUGGGCCGCCCCGGCCCCCUGGGCGGUCAUGGGCCCUGCCUGUGCCUGCUGUCCUCCCCUGGGAGCCCAGCCUCUAGCUGACCCUGCCUGCUGGCCCGACGUGGGGGCCCCCGUGCUGUCCCCUCCUGGCUUUGCUCCCCCCAUGGGGAGCCAGCACUCGGCCCCCUUGGCCCCUGGAGUGUCUCCUUACCCCGUGGGACCCCCACCCCCAUAUUCCUCAGUCCCAACAGCUCUGAGCGGGGACGCCUCCGGCCCCCGUGCCCAGGUGGGGUGGCAGACUCCGGCCAGCUCAGCCCCCCGGGCUGCAGUGGGGGGGCCGUCCAGAGGCGUCUCCCACUUGAAGACGUGCCAAGUCCUUCCAUCAGAACGGUUGUCCACGUUCAGCAUCUGGGCCCCCAAAGCACCCUGCAGCCCAGAACUCUGCCCUCUGCCCCCUUCCCCCAGCGCGGACCCUCAGCCCGAACCCCACUGCCCCCGUUCCCCCCGGCCACUCUCCAGGGCCCGCCGCCGCCUCUUCUAG